AUGACACCCCACACUUCCUCUAUCGCCUCCUCCAGUCCCAGCAGAAACUCUUUCACCCCCUUCCUUCACCCCCUUCCUUCACCCCAUUCCUUCACCCCCUUCCUUCACCCCCUUCCUUCACCCCAUUCCUUCACCCCCUUCCUUCACCCCCUUCCUUCACCUCCUUCCUUCACCCCCUUCCUUCACCCUCUUCCUUCACCUCCUUCCUUCACCCCCUUCCUUCACCCCCUUCCUUCACCUCCUUCCUUCACCCCCUUCCUGCACCUCCUUCCUUCACCUCCUUCCUUUGCCCCCUGUCCUUCACCCCCCUUCACCCCCUUUCACCCCUUGCUGAGUGACUCUCACACGCAGCUCUACCUCAUAAAGACCCCUCACCGACUCUCACGCACUACCCCUCCCAUCGCCAGCUCUCAUGCACUACCCCUCCCAUCGCCCUUGGAGUACGUGAGGAGUGGAUUCGGGGAUGGCUGUGAGAGUGAGUGGAGGGAGGUGAUGGGUAGGCCAGUUCCUGAUAUCCUCUUCACCCAUAGUUCCCACUCACAUUCCUCCUCGUCCCAUCCAUUCAACUGCACAUUUGUCUGUUCCACACCACACGGGCAUGUGAGCCCCUCACAUGUGCACCUACUGCACGUGUGCAUCACUCACCAGGUCACUGCCCUUCCCCUCCUUUUUUCCUUUCUCCUUGUCAUCUUUUCCCUUUCUCCUCCUCCCUCCAGCUCCAGCCAGUGUCUGCCCACGCCAGUGUCUGCCCACUCCCACCCCUAUGGUGCCGGCACACUGCUUUCACCCACGCACUCUCCCUUUCCACCUCUCCCUUCUACCUCCCCUUUCCACCUUCCCCAGGGAGGCUGCAGGGAUGGCUGCUGGAUGGAGGCGGCUGCAGGGGUGGCAGCUGGAGUAGCUGCUGGGGUGGCUGCUGGGGUGGCUGCUGGGGUGGUGGCUGGGGUGGCUGCUGGGGUGGCGGCUGGGGUGGCUGCUGGGGUGGCUGCUGGGGUCCCGGCUGGGGUGCCUGCUGGGGUGGCUGCUGGGGUGGCUGCUGGAGUGGCGGCUGGGUGCCCCUUGGCCGUGUCCUUCCUCAAGGAGGAACAAGCUGUGGGAUGA